AUGGAAUCCUUGUUGCCGUACUCAGCCAUGCGUCUGUCUAGACUUGAGGCUCAACUUCACCCCCAACAUCUUGAGUCCAGAAUCCAGACAAGAAGCUAUUUAGACUUUGCCGAAACAGCGUUUACUACUUUCACCAUGAUGCGAAUAGCUAUAGCUGGGGGCUCUGGCCUUGGAUAUCUCCUGGCAAGUCAUAUUUCCAAAGCAGCAAACGCUUAUCAAGUUGUUGUUCUCUCCCGUUCUUCACGUCCCGAAUAUGCAACACUUGAUGUUCAAGUCAUGGUUGUGGACUACAAUGACGAGAAUAGCCUAGCAUACGCACUUCACGGCGUGAAUCUUGUCAUCUGCACCUUUUCAGGGGCUGAACAGAUCAGCCUGAUCACUGCAGCUGUCCAAAGCGGUGUACAAUUCUUUGUUCCGUCCGAGUUCGAAGGAAGUCUCGAGAGGCGACCCGAAAACGAUCAACUCGACCCCUAUUCAUACUCGUCCCAAGCCAGGCAGCAUCUCAGACGCUGUGCAAGAUCAUCCCAUAUGAAGUGGACCGUAUUCUCUUGCGGUAUCUUCAUGGAGAGAUUUCUCCCCCAGGGGCUCGGAAGCUUGGCUAUUGGUUAUGGUUCAAACUUGUCCAACGUUGGAUCAUACAUCCUGGACAUGAAUACCUAUACUGCGGAGUGCGUUGAAAAGAAUCCCCGAGGGCAUACUGUGCGCGUCUGCAUGACAUCUGUAUAUGACGUUGCUCAAUUCAUCGUUGCUGCCAUUGACUUGGGACCUGCGAACUGGCCUCGCGAGUUUACGAUGAGAGGAGACCGCCUGUCGCUUCGUGACAUUGUUGGGCAGUGCUCAAGAACCCUGAACGCGGCAUUUUCUCUGUCUCAAUGGCAAGCUUCAGAUAUUACAGGACUUAUGAGUGGUUUCUAUCAACAGGGAGACUACGCCAAAGUUGCAUUUUAUCGGCAACUUCAAGCUACUGUUGAGGGACGCUACGACUUUGGGCAUACAUCUUUGAAUGGCCUCGUCAAUGUGCAGCCGAGAAGCUUUCGCCAGUGGUUGAGUGACCAGUUUACGGGAUAA